AGAUGACAGAUCAUUGCUCCUCCUUAUCUGCUCCACACUGAUAAAGUACAGCGCAGGGACCUGACACUGACAGGUCGCAGACAUGGGGUUUCUGCUCAAAGUCACCUUUAUUGGGGUGCUCCUUGCUAGUGUGGGAGAGAGACUAGGGAAGUUCUGUCAUCGAUUCAACUACUCCAGAGAAAUAGACAACAUAGAGCUCCCGAACUGUCAUCUCGUGAAAGGGAUCGACUAUGGCUCUGAAGAUAUAGAGGUUCUUCCGAAUGGCCUGGCCUUUAUCAGCUCUGGUCUGAAAUAUCCCGGAAUUAUGAGCUUUGCUCCUGAAAGGCCUGCCGAAAUAUUCCUGCUCGAUAUGAACAAUGAUGAUCUCCAGCCGAUCUCUCUGCCGAUCAGCAAAGGCCUCGAUAUGUCUACGUUUAACCCUCAUGGAUUGAGCUCGUACAUUGACGAGAAGGAUAACUCGGUCUACCUCUUUGUGGUGAAUCAUCCUCAUCACAAGACGACUAUUGAGAUAUUCAAGUUUAUAGAGAAAGAAAAUCUUCUUGAGCACCUGAAGACCAUUGCACAUCCUGAACUUCACAGUGUAAACGAUAUUGUUGCUGUUGGACCUGAGAGCUUUUAUGUCACUAAUGAUCAUUACUUCACGGACGACACCAUGAAACAAGUCGAAUUGUUAUUUGGAUCAAAGUUGACAAAUGUGGUGUAUUACAGUCCGGAAGAGGUCAGAGAAGUUGCAACUGAUUUCUACAGCGCCAACGGGAUUGCCAUGUCAAAAGACAAAAAGUUCAUCUAUGUCGCUGAUCUGACUGGUCACACAGUGAACGUGUUAGAGAAACAUGACAACUGGUCUCUGUCUCCAGUAAAGGUGGUGCAGUUAGAGACCCUCCCGGACAACCUCUUCGUGGAUCCAGUUACAGGAGAUGUCUGGACAGGAGGUCACCCAAAUGCCUAUAAAGUGUUCUUCUACAACAAAGAUGAUCCUCCUGGGACAGAGGUUGUCCGCAUACAGAACAUUCACUCGGACAACCCCAUAGUGACCACCGUUUAUGCCAACAAGGGCUCUGUCUUACAAGGCUCGUCCAUCGCCGUCUUGUAUGGCAAGAAACUUCUCGUCGGCACAGUAUUUCACAAAGUUUUGUACUGCCCGUUUCAAUAAACAACUUGAGCUACGGAGGCUGAAGAACUAGAUUUUUUCAAAUAGCACUUAAUUUGGGUAAUUAGUACGAAUAUGUCAAGUUUUUGGCCACUUUUGCUUCCCUGAUGCAUUGGUAACUGGGAAUCAUCUUUUCCCUGUGAUUAUUACUACCUGCUACCAGGAACACUCAUUGUACGCAGUGGUCUACAGACACCCAUCAGUUACUAAAUGUUAUUAGGUAAUAGUGUGGUUGUACAGGAUUUUAA